AUGGUGGCUAAAGCCGCUCUGAUCGGUUCUGAUAGGCUGCGAAUUCUGCUCUGGCUGGGCCUGCUGCAGCUGCUCCUUUUGUUGCAGCUGAAUGCAGAGGCCGCCAAGUGGCUGCGAGAACUUCUACCAGCAGCCCCUCUCGUUGUGGAGCCCCUUCUCUCUGUACCCUCCCAGGCUCCAGUCUCCACAGUAUGCGGGAAGCCCAAGGUGAUGGGAAAAGUCUUUGGUGGCCAGGAUGUGGUGGCUGGCCGCUGGCCAUGGCAGGCCAGCCUUCUCUACCAGGGUGUGCACCUCUGUGGAGCUGUCCUCAUUGACACUCAAUGGGUGGUUUCUGUUGCUCAUUGCUUUCUCAACAAAUCCCAGGCUCCACAAGACUACCAGGUUCUCUUGGGAAGCACACAACUGUACCAGCAAACUGAACACACUUGGAAGAUGCCUGUGAAGAGGAUUAUCAUCCACCCAGACUUUGAGAAGUUUUACCCUUUUGGGAGUGACAUUGUUAUGUUGCAACUGUACCUGCCGAUGAACUUCACUUCUCAUAUCAUCCCUGCCUGUCUCCCACACUCUAACAUGCUGCUGUCAAGUUAUACAACGCCCUGUUGGAUUACUGGCUGGGGAAUGCUUGCUGAGGACAGUGAGGGAGUGUGGGACAAAGUGGGGAAGGAGGCAACACAGGAGGGAGGAUGA